AGCUGUAAGUUCAGUUCUUGAACCAUACCAGGAGACGAGGGAAGACCGCCCAAAUCUCGACUAAGCUGUUUUGUCACGCCGAUAGACUUGCUUCGAAUAAACGCACCUGUAGCCAGCUGACUCAAAACUCCUUCAGAGUUAUUGAUUUUGAGACGCAAACAGUUUCACCAGUCGAGUGACCCACGAAGACAUCUCAGGACCGAUUUGGUUGCACUAAGGUCCUUCUACCAACCUCGUGCCCGGAGGACAUCAUCUCCACCUGACAUCUCGGAUCCAGAAGAGGGCCUCCUGAUACUGGGAAAAGCACCAGCCGGAGUAGAAACACCAUUUUCCUGAUUCUUCCACAGCAGCAGCCAGGAUGAGUAUGCAACUUGAACUGAAGAACACGGACCUGAGAACAGGCGACAAGCUGAAAAUAAAGGGAGAGAUUCUGCACGAUGCUGAGAGAUUCCAGAUCGACCUUGGCGUUGACUCAGAUGACCUGGCGUUGCACUUUAACCCCCGUUUCCAUGACGAUGCAGACGGAGCUGUCCUUGUGUGCAACUCAAAGAUUGAUGGCUGUUGGGGCGACGAGAAACGGGAGAUAGACAACCCUCUACAGAGGGGCAGUGAUGUAAAGAUUGAGCUGAAACUGUCUGGAGACGUGUUUGAGGUGGAACUUCCUGAUGGAAAGGAAGUCCAGUUUCCCAACCGUGUCGGGAUGGACGUCAUCACGUACGUCCGAGUGAUGGGAGAUUUCAAACUGACCAGCUUCAAGAUCUGCUAAGAGAUGCAGCUGUUGUAAUGCACGCUGUUCAUAAAGACAAAACAAGAGAAACAUCCAGUUAAUGGAUGACACGUAAUCCUUAUGAUAAGUAGCUCUAAAUGCAUGUGUUGUAAAAAGUUGCAAAUGCGUAUAGGUGAUAUCUGCAUGACUGUGUUAAAUUAUGUCAUGUUCUGGGCAAUCUUCAAAAUUAAAACAAUUAAGCUUUGUUGUGAA